GACUUAGCUUACAUAGUGCAUAAAGCCUUUUCUACGACACAGACCUUCUUCAGCCUUCGAUAGUACCACCGGCUUCAGUAGUCAAGGACGCACGCGAAGAAUUACACUUAAACUUGACAAAAUACGAGGCCGCGAAUUUUAUUCUGACUUUGAACAAUAUUUUUUUUAAAAUGCGUGUUUUAGUUUUCGUUGGUUUGCUGUGCGCGGUACAGGUUGAGUCCCAGUCGAAUUUCUGGGACUAUUCCCAAAAUUUUUUAACAAAGCUCCUGAGGCAAGGAAAAAAUUCCGUUGAACGCAUUGUGACUUCGACCCCCGUUCCAAUCACUUCAGUCGUCAGAAAUACGAGCUCGCCAACAAAAGUCACCACCCCCUACACAACCAUUUUUUUCACCAACAAAACUCAGCCUAGCUCUCCUGCAACCCCAAGUACCACCACAACAUUUACAUCUACCCAAACUGAAUCUUCCAUUAUUACAAAAACCUACACUUCUACGGCCACCAGCACUACCCCAUUCACUAGCACGCUAUCAGAUUUUAGUACCGCUAGCACAAUUUUUGACACAACCACUCCUGAUUUUGUUGCAACCACCGGAGAACCAAGGGAGAACCCAAAUAGCCACGACUUUUACCUUCCACAUAUCAAAAGGGAAAAACCGCACAUCAAAAUGUCAUCUAAUAUUAGUCAGAACUUAUUGCCAUUGCUUGCUGGAGUUAGCGAUGCUUCAGCCACGCCAACUAAAUACCAUUAUUAUCCCCACAACCAACACAUAUAUUUGCUACCAGAAUGUGCAAUUCAACAGGUUUGCACUGCUGUAUACGUGAGAUUUAACUGGACUCAACCUUUAUGCGCUUGCCCCCCAAGAUACAAGAACCCAUGUUCGGUUUCUCUUAAUUCGGAUGACCUGCAUACUACAGAGCUAAGCAUCAAUAGAAAAUCAAGGAAGGCCCUCACACUGGCAAAGACGUGCGAACCGACCAGUGAAAUGAGAAUAUGCAGGGCUCCUAGAGACUGGUCCUUGCUCGCUUUGCAGAAUAUCCGAACAGGAAAAUCUCAUUAUCUGGUGAUUUGUAGAUGUCCUGAUAGUAGCACUUUAGAGGGUCCGAUGUCGCAUGAUCAACCAACAUAUGCAAGUGUGCCGGGAAUAAGAGUCUAUGGAAUGAUGUGCAUAGAUAACAAACGCAGAGGAAGACCAUUAAGAACCACACGAAGCCUUGAAAUCCCACCAUUCCCAUGGAAAACGGCUAAAGAAUUGGCCGCAACAGUAGUAUGGAACUAAGAAGAUCGCAAUAACCGCUAUAUAGAUAUGGUCGGUUGUGAUGACAUUAAAUCUAUUUAAAUCGAAAUUAAUUGAUUAAAUAUUUAUCGCCUAUUUACUGGUAGAAUGUACUUUUAAGAUAUUUUUAACCUAAUUAUUGAAGUAAUUAUAAUUGCAGUACAGUAAGGUCCAUAAAUCUUAAGACGAUCUCAUCGGUAAUCUUUCAUGUUUAAACAUUGAAUCUUGUAGAUGUAGGUGAACUUCGAGUACCUAAUUAAAACUCAUUAAAAUUGUUUAAAUCACGUUUAGAAAAUCCCUCUUCUGCAAUUUUAAUAAAUUGACCAUUUUCUUUGACACAUAAAAAGUAGAUUAAAUUAAAAAAAAAAAUUUAGCUGCGCUGUAUGUGAACUCACGGUUAGUGAACAAUGAAUUAUAGCUAUAAGACAGAUAAACUGUAAAAUAUUAGGAUUUACUUGGCCAUAUUUAAAAUCCUGCUUUGGCAAUAAUAAGUUGUCAAGGUAAAGUGUGUGUUUUCGCGUGCAAUAUUACUCCCACUCUGAUCAAUAGAAGUUACAAAAACUCAAUACAGCCAUCCACUUUUGCAUGCUGGAAUGUUUUUUAAAUGUGGCUAAAAUUGAGGGUUUUUCACCAUCGCAUUUCAAUAAUAUUAGGCAUAGCACCGUAGUCGGACUUAGGGUACUUAUUUUCAUAUUUAUUAUUGUUGAAUCGUCGAUUAACUUCGAACCAUAGCGCAAAUUCAUGUAUAUAUUUUAACGCAUUAAAUCGUACCUACCUUU